CAGAGUGACUCCUCGCGGCUGUCUCCGCCUCCUCGUUCUCUGAGCAGCUGGACUCACCUGCCAGGUUAUCUUUACUUCCCCCGGGAGAAACAACUAAAGCAGUGAGCUCGGUACUUUUUCCCGACCAAGUCCCGGAUUGUUUCGGACAUGUGACCGGAGUGAAAGCAGAGAAAUCAAUCAACGAUGACCAUAGGAAGCUGGAAGAAGCUAUGCUAACAGUUAGCGUGAACAAUUAUUGACUGAAAAGAGAGAACAUUAAGAUAAAAAGCUUGAAAAAAUGUCUGGCCAAGUUAAUGUAGUCACAGACUUAACUGAAGAGGAUGCACUUUCACCUGCAGAGCCACAAAUAGCAGGAAAUAAAAAGCCAGAAGAGAGCAAGAGCAAAAAGGAAACACAGGAGACUACAGACGAGGAAGAAGAAGAGGAAGAGGAGGAGGAGAAGGAGGAGGAAGAGGAAGAGGAAGAGGAAGAAGUGACUAGCUCUGCUCAUCUGGAGCCGAGCACUUUGCCAUGGCCUGGAGACAAAGACCACCGGACUCAGACGGACAACGACGAUGGAGUUUGGUCUGAAGAGAGAGACACGGGGGUCAGCGGGGGAAGCCAGGACCUGUCGGAGGAGCCAAGCAACAUGAAGAGCAAGUGGAGGGAGAGCAUGCCCGAAGGUGAGAAGUGGAGAGACGAUGAGCUGGAGGUGCAGCGUGAUGAUAGAGGGGAAGGCUCACUGGCAGACGAUGAGAUGGAGGAGGAGGAAGAAGAAGGGGAGUCAAACUGGAUGUCAGAGAAAGCUGCUAUGGGUUUCUCUCCACAAGUCACCAUCGUGCGUCUGUCCAGCAAAGAGCUUCCUGAGGAGAGCCGGCUGUUCAUGGAGGAGGACAACGAAGAGGAGCUGCAGACGGGGCGCUACGGAGUCGAGCAGAUUUAUCCAGAGUGGAGAGAGCAGGACGACAAGUACUACCUGUGUGAGUCUCUUUGCAGCGAGAAACUGAAGCUGGUUCUGGGGACGGCGGCCGCAGCGCUGCUCUUCCCUCUGCUGGUGUGGGGGGGAUACGCCCUGCUCCCCUUUGAGUCGCCACUGCUGCAGAGCACCCCCCUCAGGGUGGUGUACACUCUGCGCUGCGCCUUCCUCGCUAUCAUCCCCAUCAUGCUCGGUGUGCUGGUGCAGGGCGUGGCCCGGCUGCGCUACGGCGCACUGAAGCCGCUGUAUGAGAGCAGCCUGCUGAACAGAGAGGUGGCCGUGCACUGGCACUACGUCAAUGAGUCGCUGGCCCUCUUCCUCUUUUACUUCCUGCAGCUCGCCGUCAUGGCAACCUACAUCAGCCAGGACAUGGUCAAACUGGUGCCGCUGCUCACCAUCAUAUUUGUUUUUGGCAGGCUGAUCUACUGGCUCUGCGUCUCUCUGGACAGCAGCUUCAGGAGCCUGGGCUUCGGGUUAUCCUUCUUCCCCAUCCUGGUCAUGCUGGGCGUCAACCUGUACUAUAUCUGCUCCACUGUUGGACCGGAGGCCGUUUUUGACGUCGAACUUCCCACGACAGCUCCUCCACCCAAGCAGCGCUGGUGGGGUUAAAGGGUGACGUCCAAAAAUGGCGACAAGAAGAUAAAACACAAAGGAGUGAAAACACCUUUUCCACAUCACAACACAGCUGCACUAAGGCAACCAGAGUCUUUCCUUUGAUGCUAAAAGAAAAAUUGUGUUCUUUAGAUUUCAGUCAGUGACUUUUGCCAGUGGGGUUUAAUACAACAGCAACCUCUCCUCUGGAAGCUUUAUUAUUAUUAAAAUAAUAAUGAUGUGCUUUCAUCUCCAUCAUAAACAUUAUCAAACACAGGUUUGAGUUCAUGAAAUCCCAAGGAUUAUAAUUUUACUGUUUGCUAAUUUAUUUGGCUUUUUGCUUUCAAAGAUCUAGGUUUUUCUGUAGUUUGAAUCUCUGUGUUAGAAAAGGAACAAUAUCCACAUGCUGGUUAAGAAAGAAAGUUGAAAAAGUUUACAUAAAGCAAAAAAGCUCUUAUGUACUUACAAAUUUAAAAAAGGGUGAUCUGAGGAAGGGUUUUACUUAAUGUAUCUUCUGUUAAAAAUCUUUAAAUGGUAAAAUAAUCAAAAUGAGGCUUUUGAUUACAAAGUGUUUCUGUUAAGGCGUCCAAUGUGUAGACAGCAGAAAUAAGAUCAGAAAAAGCUAGAACUGAUACUGUAAAUAUUUACUAUUAGAUAUUUUUUUAUAACAUUGAAUUAUUUAGUUGUUUUAUGAAUUUUCCCAUUUUUAUGUGGUUGCACUCUUGGUACUAAUGGCAAUCUUAAAACAUUAUAUUUAUACGUGAGACUGAUGAAUGCAUCUUUGUUUAUUGAUCAAAGGCUUCUCUUUGUUUAUAUAGGCAUAAGUUGUCGGUCUGUUUUUGGGCAGUCUCUCUUUUUUUUUUAAAUACCUUUCCAGGCUUUGAGUUAAGUUUACGUUUUUUUUCAAUAAAGCUUUAACAAUAUGAAACUCAA